GCUCAGGCUCGUGCUUCCUUCCACGUAGGCUCGUACAACCGUUUGGCCUCCCGAACCUAAUCCCCAUAAAGACAAAAAUGAAAAAUAAUAAAAACAUAAAAACAAUAAUAAAAUUGCAGAGUAGAUUAGUAUAGUCAUUGCGCUUCUCUGAGACGCCAAAAUAAUGAAAAACGAAACUUCACACACAGAUAGAUAGAAGAAGCGUCAAGAAGAAGCAGAAGAUCAAGAAAAGUUUUACUUUCUCUACAAGAUAUAUGACUUUCUCUCUCUAAAAUCACACACAAUCUCUCUCUCUCUCUACCUCCAUUAAAGCUCUUUACACCCAUUUCCCACCAAAAAUUGGUAGUUCCUGAUUUUCUCUCCUAUAAAAACUCUCUUCAGUUGAAGAUUCGAGUAUACUAAAAAAUCGCAUUCGAUGAUGAUGAAGUGGGUGUUGAGAAAGAAAGCGAUGUUGAUUAUAGGUUUGGUUCACUUGUUAUCUCUUCUUCAAUUUAGUCUAUUCACAAAUGCAAUUUUGGACCCUCACGAUUUCUUGGCACUACAAUCCAUUCGAAACGCCCUAGAAGACAUGCCGGGAUCGGACUUCUUCUCCACAUGGGAUUUCACGGCGGAGCCCUGCGACUUCGCCGGCGUGUAUUGCGACGGAGACAGGGUCAUCGCUUUGAAUCUCGGUGACCCGAGGGCCGGUUCGCCUGGUCUGACCGGACGCCUCGAUCCUGCAAUCGGAAAACUCUCCGCUCUCGCCGAGUUCACCGUUGUCCCGGGUCGGAUCAUUGGCGCUCUGCCUGAAACUUUAUCUCAGUUGAACAACCUACGGUUUCUCGCCGUCAGCCGGAAUUUCAUCUCCGGCGGGAUUCCGGCGAGUCUAGGUCAGCUUCGUGCUCUACGAACCCUCGAUCUCAGUUACAAUCAACUCAACGGAAGUAUUCCUCAGUCGGUCGCAGGUCUACCGGCGUUGUCCAACGUCAUUCUCGGUCACAAUCGUCUCUCCGGUUCGGUCCCGACGUUCGCGUCACAAACCCUAACCCGCCUCGACCUCAAGCACAACGCACUCUCCGGUUCUCUCUCACCCACUUCACUCCCUCCUUCACUACAGUACCUUUCAUUGUCUUGGAACCAAUUAACCGGACCCGUGGACCGGCUCUUAACCCGGCUUAACCAGUUGAACUAUCUCGACCUGAGCCUGAACCGGUUCACGGGUAACAUUCCGGGCGAUUUAUUUACUUUCCCGAUCAGCAACCUUCAAUUGCAGAGAAACUCAUUUUACGGUCCGAUUCAACCUGUUGAUCAGGUGACAAUCACGACUGUUGAUCUGAGCUACAACCGGUUGUCCGGUCAAAUAUCGCCAAUGUUCUCGAGCGUACAGAAUCUAUACCUCAACAAUAACCGGUUCUCCGGUCACGUACCGGGCAGUUUGGUGGACCGGUUAUUGGCGGCGAGCAUACAAAUAUUGUAUCUACAGCAUAACUUUCUUACUGGGAUUGAGAUCGAUCCGACGGCUGAGAUUCCUGUCAGCAGUUCGUUGUGUUUGCAGUACAAUUGUAUGGUCCCACCAGUGCAGACGCCUUGCCCGUUGAAGGCUGGGAAGGAGAAGACAAGGCCUACUGGACAGUGUAUCGAGUGGAAGGGGUAAAUUAGACAAUUCAUGCUUCCGCGGGAGGGCAUGAUAGAAAGAGAAGAUGAAUAUAGGUUUCAAUUUCUUUUUUAUUUAUCGUUUUCGUGAGAGUUUUUUUUUUUUUUUUUGCAAUUCAUUUAUUUAUUUUUGUGAUAAUUUGGAUAAUUUCCAAAUUUAAAUUGUUUGUGGCUUUGUGCAUACUUUGAUAAUAUAUAUUGAAGCAAUUUAGAAUGA